AUGCUCAGGGUAUUGAUUACCUUUUCUCAACAUCUCCAGAAAUGCUCCCUGGAGGAACAUGUAAAAUUAGCCAAUGAAGUGACUGAUUUUGCAAAAGCAUGUGUUGCUGAUGAGUCAGCUGAAAAGUGUGACAAAUCAAUUCACACUCUAUUUGGAGAUAAAUUAUGUGCUACCCCAACUCUGCGUGAGACCUAUGGAGAGCUGGUGGACUGCUGUACCAAACAGGAACCUGAGAGGACCGAGUGCCUCCUGAAGCACAAAGAUGACAACCCCAACCUGCCUCCUUUUGUGCGGAAAGAGCCUGAGGCUAUGUGUGCCUCCUUCAAGGAAAACAUUGAACGUUUUAUUGGACAUUAUUUAUAUGAAGUUGCCAGAAGACAUCCUUACUUUUAUGCCCCAGAACUCCUUUACUAUGCUGAAAAGUAUAAGGCCGUUUUGACAGAGUGCUGUGAAGCUGCUGACCAAGCUACCUGCCUGACACCAAAG